UUUCGAUUCUUUCAGGUUGUGCAACAAUGGGUGCCGGUGGCAGAAUGUCUGUUCCUCCUUCCCCCAAGAAGUUGGAAGCUGAGGUCUUGAAACGAGUUCCAUACUCGAAGCCACCAUUCACACUUGGUCAGGUCAAGAAAGCUAUCCCACCUCAUUGUUUCCAGCGUUCUGUUCUCCGCUCAUUCUCGUAUGUUGUUUAUGACCUGACCCUUGCCUUUAUCUUUUAUUAUGUUGCCACCAAUUACUUCCACCUCCUUCCUCAACCCCUCUCUUAUGUGGCCUGGCCAAUUUACUGGUCCCUCCAAGGCUGUGUCCUCACUGGCAUUUGGGUUAUAGCACAUGAGUGUGGGCAUCAUGCCUUUAGUGACUAUCAAUGGCUUGAUGACAUAGUUGGCCUUCUCCUCCAUUCCUGUCUCCUUGUCCCUUACUUUUCAUGGAAACAUAGCCACCGCCGUCAUCACUCUAACACCGGUUCCCUUGAGCGAGAUGAAGUAUUUGUCCCUAAAAAGAAAUCCAACAUCCGCUGGUUCUCCAAAUACCUUAACAACCUACCAGGCCGCCUAUUCACUCUUACCAUAACACUUGCCCUUGGCUGGCCGCUAUACCUAGCAUUUAAUGUUUCAGGCAGGCAUUAUGACCGAUUUGCCUGUCACUUUGACCCAUAUGGCCCUAUCUACAAUGAUCGCGAGCGAACUGAGAUAUUCAUUUCUGAUGCUGGUGUUCUUGCUGUCACUUAUGGUCUCUACCGUCUUGCUCUAGCAAAGGGCUUUGCUUGGGUUAUUUGCGUUUAUGGAGUACCUUUGUUAGUGGUGAAUGCAUUUCUUGUUAUGAUCACAUAUCUGCAACAUACUCAUCCUUCAUUGCCGCAUUAUGAUUCUUCUGAGUGGGAUUGGCUGAGAGGCGCGCUCGCAACUGUUGAUAGAGAUUACGGAAUCUUGAACAAGGUAUUCCAUAACAUUACAGACACUCAUGUAGCUCACCAUUUGUUUUCUACAAUGCCACAUUAUCAUGCAAUGGAGGCUACAAAUGCCAUAAAACCAAUUCUGGGAGAAUAUUACCAAUUCGACAGGACUCCUUUCUUCAAGGCAAUGUGGAGAGAGGCAAAAGAGUGCAUUUACGUUGAACCAGAUGAUGCUGAUCAAAGCAGAGGUGUGUUCUGGUACAAAAACAAGUUUUGAUUGUUAGAAAAAUUUGCAAAAUGAAGGUGUUGCAAGUUCUGGACUACUUGUUAGGAAUUUGGAUUUGCUUUCUCAGUAAUUUAGGCAGUUCAAUUGUGUUGAAUUAAGUUAAAAUCUUAUAUGCACUUAUUUUGGAAUAAUUUUAUCCACCCAGGUAGAAACAAUAUGAACAAUCUAAGUUUAUGUUCUAUAAUGAAUGUAAGACUUGUUUCUUGAGCCAAAAUGAAAAUCUAUGAUGAGGUUUAUAAAAAUUCAAAUUCA